CCCACCACCACAAGGUCCACGACCGAGUAUUUCUUCCUCUUUUAAUUCUACUUUAAUUUAUUUUCCAGGAAUUUCUUUGGUUUCUUCUCCUUCGCUUCUUCUGCGGAAUCCCCUUGUCAUGGCUUAACCACUAACCAGUCUGUUUUUGUGGCUAUAAUUUCCGCUUUUCUUUUCAACUGAAUCGCCUGUGCGUCGGUGAUCUAUAUAUACCUUCUGUUAAAUCUUCGCCGAUUGUAUCUAUUUAGCAUCAAUGUGGUGCCAUAGUUUCUGGCAAAAUGGGUAUUGUUGGAAGUAAAAGUGAGGAACAUGGGUUCAUGCAAUUCAAUGCUCGUCCUCCUGAAGUUCUAGUUGAAUCCCCGGACUGCGGUUUUCAGAUGAUAAAAAGCUGAUUGCAGCUUGUAGAAGCUGUACUUAAGUAUGUUUAUAAUAUUAUUGCAGCUAUUUAAUCACGCCAACAAUGAAGAGGGGAUUCCUGUCAACAAUGUACGUAUUAAGCUACAGUUUAGCGUUAAACUUCAUGUGCAAGCCAGUGAACAACACAGUGUCGAUAGAGUAGACACCUUUUGGAGGAUCUUAGAAGAGCAUUAACAAAGCUUUGAUUGUCAUUUAGUCCAAGUGUACCAAUGGAGCGGUAUAGGAUCUUGGAAGAGCUUGGUGAUGGUACUUGUGGUAGUGUAUUCAAGGCCCUCAGUAUGGAAACAAACGAAAUUGUUGCUGUCAAGAAAAUGAAGAGAAAGUUCUAUUUCUGGGAAGAAUGCAUGAACCUGCGGGAAGUGAAGGCGCUAAGGAAGUUGAAUCAUCCCAAUAUUAUAAAGCUGAAGGAGGUUGUGAGGGAAAACAAUGAGCUCUUCUUCAUUUUUGAGUACAUGGAAUAUAAUCUUUACCAAAGAAUGAGAGAACGAGAAAGACCAUUCUCUGAGGAAGAGAUAUGGAACUUCAUGUCUCAGCUGUUGGAGGGACUUGUUCACAUGCAUAGAAAUGGAUAUUUCCAUCGAGACCUAAAGCCUGAGAAUUUGCUGGUUACGGACAAUGUUCUUAAAAUUGCUGACUUUGGACUGGCGCGAGAAGUUUUGUCAAUGCCUCCCUAUACUGAAUAUGUAUCCACACGGUGGUACCGAGCUCCUGAAGUCCUGUUACAGUCAUCAACAUAUACUCCUGCAAUUGACAUGUGGGCAGUUGGUGCAAUAUUAGCUGAGCUUUUUACUCUAUCCCCGAUUUUCCCUGGAGAAAGUGAAACAGAUCAAUUGUUCAAGAUAUGUCUUGUUCUUGGUGCAUCAAAUUGGACUGCUUUCUCGGAAGCAGCAAAUACAUAUCGAUUGAUUAAUAUUAGUUAUUCAAAUAUUAUUCCGGUCAACGUAUCUGAUUUAAUUCCCAAUGCUAGCUCAGCAGCUAUUGAUUUGAUUAAGCAACUUUGCUCGUGGGACCCAUUAAGGAGGCCAACUGCAGAACAGACAUUACAGCAUCCAUUCUUUCAUGUGGGUAUGUGGAUUCCUUAUCCGCUCAGGGAUCCGCUUGAGCUGAAGCUAAGUAACAUUGGGACAGAGCCAAACCUUGAGCUGAAUUUAUGGGACUUUCAUGCUGAACCUGAUGACUGUUUUCUUGGAUUGACACUGGCUGUCAAGCCCAGUGAUUCAAACAUGGAGCUGCACCAUCGUAUGUCUAAAAGUAUCGAAGAGGAUAUAGAGUUUUGUACUGGUUUCAAAAAUCACUCAGUGCAGUCGGUUUUUUGGUCUCUUCUUUCUCCUGAUCAAGAUGUACACUGUGCACCAGUUGAAGCAUCUUUGUCAUUGUCAUUCAGUUCAAUUCAACAUCCAUUGAAUAGAGUUCCACAAUCAGCUGGGUUCACAGUUGGACCACUGCAGACUGAUAUUUUUGACCGUCCAUUGUUGGCUGCAUCCUCCCCAUUGCAGCAGAGUCAUUACCUCUGAUCAAAUUGAUUGGUACAUAGUGUAAGGAGACUUGUAGAACUAACCCGUCUACCCAUGUCGUUCUUUGGUUUUCUUUUCUCCUAUUGUAAAACCACAUUUAGUAUUGUUGUAGAUUAUUUCUGUGCCUUACGGGUAUGGCUGGACGGCCAGCAUUUGUCACAGAAUACGUCCCAGUAUAAGUUUACAGGAAAAAUUCAUGCCUUUUAUGGUUUACGAAUACAUGUACCUCAGUUGUAAGAAAAUACAGGCUGUGGUCUACUUUUCUUUUCUU